AUGAUUCUCAACACUCUGACUACAGUCAUCAACGGAAAGAAUCUUCGAGUCGCUUCCGGGCGCAUUCCCGCUGGUAUCUACAUAUUCAUCAAUGUCGACUCGAAGAGACGCUGGAAAUCAACUAUCAGUGUCUUAUCACCUGAUGAAUCUGUAGCAUGGGGCAAUACUGUAACUCUAUCAUCACAUGCCUCACCUACGUUGUCAUCGGAGACCAGGGCGUCCUUUGAGCUUGGUCGAAUGCUAAGCGGUGGAGAAGUCAUCGGGAAACUUGAAAUGUCGUGGGAUGAGCUACUCGAUCAUGGAGAUGAGCCAUUCGAUCUAUCCUUCCCACCCGUCUGCAGUGUCCACCCUUCCCUCACGUUGAAGGCCGCUGUUGUACAGGCUUGCGACGAUCACGACUGCAUUCUGUUUGAUCGAGAAUGUCUCUCACCUGAGUCACUGACGUUGCGCCCACCUGGGCAUCCACAUCGUGACACCACGCUUAACAACCUUGCCCUCGCGCUCGACACAAGAUACGACAAAUUGGAUAUCGACGAGGACCUGAACGAGGUCAUUGAUUGGUAUCGCGAAUCCCUUCGGCUAAUGCGGCCUGACGAUCUAGAGCGCCACGUAACUCUACACAAUUUGAGCUCCGCGCUCUGCUCUCAUUUCACACAAACUGAGGAGAAUGAAGACAUCGAGGAGGCUAUCACUCUUGGCCAUAAAUCAUUGGCAACUCUGUCUUCACUGCACCCGCACAGGGAGGCUCAUUUGUCUCGUUAUGAGAUUCUACACGACCCUGCUGAUUUGUCGCUUGCUAUGGAGAACUUCAGACUUGCAUCAAGACAUCCUACUCAAGGAUUUCCUCGGCGUAUCAUAGAGGCUGUUGACUGGGCUCGCGAAGCAGAGAUCCAUCAACAUGAAUCUGCCCUAGAAGCAUACCAAACGUGCUUUGAGCUUUUUGACAGCCACGUGAUGACGCGAUGGUCGAUCAUCUCACGGCGCGAGGCUGCAACCGCUUUUAGUGAUGCACGAUCACUUCCUGUAGAUGCAGCCUCAUGUGCUAUACGUCGUGACGAUCUACAACGGGCAGUCGAGCUCAUGGAGCAAGGCCGUGGCCAGCAGUGGUCGCUGGCAUCGCGACUUAGGACACCACUCGAAGACCUCGGGUCUAUCAGUCCCGAAGUAGCUCGCAAGUUCUUGCAGCUUAGCAAAUACCUGUCUGAUACUCAGGGUUCCGCGGCCAAUACCGACAAAGCUGCUACUGAUCGGGCAGCAACAGAGUACAGGAGACUUACAAGACAAUGGGAGACUGUGGCAGCUGAGAUACGUGAUCUUCCGGACUUCUCACGGUUCCUGCUCCCACCUUUGUACGGAGACCUGCAAGCGGCGGCACGCCAGGGCCCGGUCAUCAUCCUGGUUGCCAGUCAAUACUCGUGCAGCGUCGUCAUCGUCCCGACGUCGGGAGAUCCCCAUCAUGUUCCCUUGCCGUCUGUCGCUCUUGCAGAUCUGACCAAUCUCAAAGAUGGCUUCGCCAGGGCGAUACGACACGCAUCUAUCAUGGACCCAAAAUUGCCCCGGAACGAUUUAAUAGUCCUCUUGCGAACAGUAUGGAACGAAAUAAUGCUACUGAUCGUCAACGUCCUCCAGCAUGAUCUGAAACUAAAAUUCCACUCUCGAAUCUGGCUGUGUCCGACUGCAGCUUUCACGUCUAUUCCUCUUCAAGCAGCUCACCCGUUUCGAAGGAAUGCAGAUCGCUCUAAGGAGCCAUGUCUGGAGGAUCUCUACAUCUGCUCUUACACGCCGACACUUUCGGCUCUGGUCAGGUCUAGACAAAUGAUGAAAAAGCGCGUCACUCCAUCCUUCGCAACAAUCGGACAAGGGCAGUCGGGUGCAGGGAAAGGCAAGGCGCUGUUGGCCGUCGACAGCGAGCUCGAGCUUGUCCAUAAGCUCGUCCCUGCGACUACCAACCGCAUCACUAUUUCUGGCGACGCAGCCACACGAGCAGGUGCACUUACAGCUUUGCAAGAAAACACGUGGGUGCACCUUGCUUGUCAUGGCAAGCAGGACCCUACGCAGCCUUAUAAUUCGCAUUUCGUCAUGAAAGAUGAACACUUAACGCUGCUCGAUAUUAUGGAGAGAGAUAUUCCUCAGACCGAGUUCGCAUUCUUAUCCGCUUGUCAUACCGCCGUCGGCGAUGAGGACACGCCAGACGAAGUGAUUCACCUCGCAGCUGGUCUACAGUUUUCGGGGUUCAAGAGCGUCAUUGGUACGCUGUGGCAGGUCGACGAUGCUGUCGCAAAACACGUUGUUGAAGCUUUCUACACGUAUAUGUUUACCGAUUUGAAUGAUGAUGGUAUCAUGGACUGUACGAAGGCGGCCUGGGCACUCAACUGUGCUACGCACGCGGUGAAGACGAAAGUGCCGCUCGAGCAGAGGAUGGUUUUUGUUCAUAUUGGUGUGUAG